AUGAUACUUGAUAUGAAUCCAGGUGAUGUGGUUAAGGUCGGGGUGAUUUGGAUGGCGAGAGAGGAGAUAUUGGAGAAAGUGAUGGGAGCACUAAAUGCAAAGACUGAUUGGGAGGGGAACUUUGAAAUAGUUAAACGGAAUGAGGAAAAGGAGGCAGAGGAAGAGGAAGAGGAAGAGGAAGAUGAGAAAAGAGAUGAAAGUAAGAAAGAUGGGAAGUGUGUCAAAAGGAAGAGGAAGAGGAAGAUGAGAAAAGAGAUGAAAGUAAGAAAGAUGGGAAGUGUGUCAAAAGGAAGAGCGUUCGUGAGUACUAGUAAUAUUCAUGAGCUUAUAUUAGAAGGUGCAUUGGGUACGACUGAGGAGAAAGGGGGAUGGUAA